AUGGUCAGUUCCGUGCUUCUGCCUAGCCCUCGUUCCACCACCUACGGCCUCUGCCGAUCCGAAUGCAACAGCAUCAUCACAUCUCCCACUGCCUCCUCCCCCCACUCCCUUCACGUUCAAAUCGUUGGUUCCCUGGCUCACAAGGUCGACGUUCUCACCACCAUCUCGUCGUGUCUGAGGCAUGCCGCGGAGGAAGCUCGAGCGACGGAGAGCAGUCUGAAGGCGUUGGUGAGCGACCUUGAAGACCGAGUAGGGGAGCUCGAGGAUGAGAGUUGGAGGCGGCAGGUGCGAGAGGCUGCCUGGGAGGAGCGGCUGAGGCGGCUCGAGGCCGAUACGAGUGGCGGGGAUGGCAAGAAGAGGAAGAAGAAGAAGGAAGACCUGGACGUGAGCAAGGAUGAGAGAGUGAGCAUGAGGUUUCGCCUACGUGAAAUAUCAUAUGAACACCCUCAUCCAUCGCUUCUUCUCAGAGAGACCGCCGAAGACAGCGACGGCAAUGUCCUCCGGCUUCACGUCAGCUCCGAGAGCAAGAGGUGGCACGAAACCACGGACGACGGUGUGCUGGGAGAUGGUGGGGAGGAGGACGAUGAUGAUGAGAUGGAGGAGGACGAAGGUGAGGGCGCAGUCGAGAGCGGCCAAAGACGGAAGUCGGUGGUGUUCCGCCCCAAAUGCGAGGCAUUUGGAGAUCCGCGUCGCGCGACCCGCAACCGCCGAGACCCUCUGGCUACCUCCUUCGCCGCAUCCCCCGCUCCAUCCAAACCACACGCACCCACUCUCUCCUCCCUUCUGAAAGACCGGCCGAAGCUCCUAGCCAGCGUGGAGAAGUCCUCCAGGGCAGUGCGAUCGUUCGAGAGCACAGAGGCAUUGAGGAGAAUGUGGUGCGCCCGGGAGACUUGGGCAGAGGACAGGUACAAGCUGUUGCUUGAUGAGGGGGAUGCGGAGGCGGCGGUAAAUGUCCUCACCAGCUCGGACUUUGCAGAGAGCGAGCAGGGGGACGGGGACGAUGUUCACCAAGAGGACAGCGAGUCCGACGACGAGUGA